GAAGAAAUGAAGACAACCACUUCAGACCAGAAGACAGACAAUGUUGACUUAAGCGACCCUAUUCUCCAAGUAGAUGAGUACUCUAAAAGCCAGAGAGACGUCAUCAGGGUUGACAGGGAGUGCGGGGAUGAAGACUUUGAACCAAUAAAGGGCGUCAAAUAUACGAUGAGCAUCACAGAGGCAUUAUAGCUAUUGCUAGCCCAGGAAAUAUCAUUCAAAUCACUGAAGGCAACUAUAGUGAAUCUUUAGUGGUCCAGACACCCAACCUGACUAUAGAAACUACUGAUGAAGAUGCUAAGGUAAUCAUACUCUCAGGAAAAAGACCUUGUGUGACCAUUGCAUUGGAUGAAGAAGACAAAGUUGAAAUUAACAGAAUUCGAAUGGUUUAUAAAGGCCCCACUGCUACUUCUACAUUCAUCCAAAAGAUUGACAUGAAUUAUGAAAAGGUAGGAAAUGAGAGGUGCAUCAAAGAAUUUAAGCUUAAUGAGGGUCUUCCUAGUGCCAUCAUGCUCUUAUCAGGCUCGCUUUCUCUAAACCGUUGAGUUUUAAGUCUCAACGGAGUUGCUACAAAUAUGACAGAGAAGGUUCCAUGAAUAGCUGCUCAUGAAAGAACCAGUCUAUCCAUCAUAAAUUGUUUCCUUUUCGGUGAUCCUGAUGAAGAAGUAUUUACAGCAGGGCUACUAGCCAUCAGACCAUUUGAUGUGAUCAUAAAGGAUACAGUGGUCAAAGACCAUCUUGCCGGAGGCUUGAUGCUCAGCCUUUGUCCAUAUCAAGACAGUGUUUUCCAAAUCAGUAACAACAAGAUUCUAAAAUGCCAGACUGCAGGUAUCUACAUAGAAGGACCAGGUUGAACACCAGAAAUCAUUGGCAAUGAAGUGAAAUAUUGCAACUCAGUCGGUAUUAAAAUAGGUGACUUCGUAAAAGCAGAUAUCAGGGAGAACCAGCUUAUCCAGAACAAUGACGGAAUAGAGGUAUUCAACAACAAGUCAACUGUGAUUGCAAAUGAGAUUGAGAAGUCUCAUGGGCAUGGGUUGUUAAUCCAUGCGACCCUUAAAGAGGGCAAGUUCAACCCAACAGUAAAGGGAAACUCUAUCUCUAACUGCAAAUUUAAUGGCAUUCAGAUCCAAGGAGAUGGACUGAGAGUGAUGAUCCACAACAACACGAUUAAUAAUAACAGAAAGUGAGGAAUCAAGGUUCUUGACCUUGCCAAAGCAGAUAUAGUAGGCAAGAAUAAUAUUCAUACGAAUGUUAACCAGGGAAUCCUGAUUGUGGAAGGUAGUUCAUGCAAAAUAAUGGAGAAUAUAAUAUCGAAAAAUUUAAAGGCUAAUAUUGCAUUUGGUGGCAAAGGAUCCCACGAAACUGUGAUUGAGAGAAAUGAAAUCUGAAAAUCAAUUGCUGAAGGUAUUUUUAUGGCGAAAGCUGAGAGACCCACAAUCAUCAAUGAAAAUAUUAUAACUGAGAACUUAGAUGGAAUUACUCUGCUUGAUUCUGAUGGGAAAAUCAUGAAUAACCUUAUCGAAGGCAACCAGAGAUCUGGAAUUUUGUGAUCAGGUAAAACGAACGCAGACAUUAGCAAAAAUAAUAUAAAGUCAAACAUUCUUAUUGGCAUAAUGGUGAAGAAACCAAGCAACCCAAAGAUGAGUUUCAAUGUGUUGAAAGAUAACCACUACCAAUUCUCAAUUGACGACCAUGUCUUGAAGAAGACGAAGACGUACAAAAACUCAAAUACAGUGAAAGGCCAAUGAGAUAUACCUAAAAAGACAUGAACUAUCUUCUAAAAUUUCAAUUAA